UGGUAUAUCUGGACGUUAAACAAAAGAACCCUCCCCCUGCUUCCGCAGCCCCUCCGCCAGUUCACCACCGCCAAUCCACCUCCGGGCCUCCCCGUCACCGUCGUUCUGCUGCACGUGGGGCUCAAGUCUGCCACCACCGACUGCCAUUCCGUCAGCGAUCUCUAUAACUAUGGAGAAUUCAAAUACUCCAGCGUUUGAAUCGAACCCUGCCGAAGCUGAAACUGAGCAGCCGCCAACAGCUCCACCUUCUUCAAGUUCCGUAUGCAAUUUUUUUAAGAAACCAUCCAAGGGCAAAAAUAUCAGAAAGCGUCCUACGGUUGAGGAGGGGGAGAAUGACGAUGCAGAAGGUGAAGGUUCAGUCAUAUAUACCAAGAAAAAGCCAGCCAUUGCGGAUAACAAGCUACGCUUUUCUACUGGAGCUUCAAAGUGUAACAAGGCUACAGAAUCCAAUGUGGAUUCAAAAUCUCGAGUUUUUCAUUUUGAAUCCUCUAAAGAAAUUCAAGUUCAAAAUGAUAGUAGAGCUACAGCUACCUUAGAAACUGAGACCGAGUUCUCUAAGGAUGCCCGGGCCAUUCGGGAGAGAGCUUUGAAGCAGGCAGAGGGGGCCUUGAAAGGAAAAAGCAAGACUGGUGGGGAUGAGAAAUUGUACAAGGGGAUGAAUCAAUAUACUGAUUACAAAGCUGGUUUGAGAAGGGAACAUACGAUUUCUAGUGAGAAAGCUGGUGGAGCGCAUGGUCCUCUCAGGGCUUCUGCCCACAUUAGAGUUUCAGCAAGGUUUGACUAUCAGCCGGAUAUUUGUAAGGACUACAAAGAGACGGGAUAUUGUGGAUACGGGGACUCUUGCAAAUUUAUGCAUGACCGUGGAGAUUAUAAGUCUGGUUGGCAGAUUGAAAAAGAGUGGGACGAAGCUGAGAAAGAGAGGAAACGUAAAUUGGCUAUGGGGAUGCUCGACGAGGAUGAUGAGGAUGCUGAGAAGAGUGAUGAAGAUGAUGAUGACGCCUUACCAUUUGCUUGCUUUAUCUGCAGAGAGCCUUUUGUUGACCCCGUUAUGACCAAAUGCAAGCAUUACUUCUGUGAGCAUUGUGCAUUAAAGCACCAUGCAAAGAACAAGAAGUGUUUUGUAUGCAACCAGCCAACGCUUGGAAUAUUCAAUACAGCAUUUGAAAUACGUAAGAGAAUGGCGGCUCAAGGAAAAUGAUGGAUGCCAAGCAAGGGGUUAUUGCUUCACAGAUGAAGACAUGUGCUUCAAACACGAUGUGCACAAUAAUCCAAUUGAGAAGUUGGUCGGUUGUCUGAAUCUCAACUUUGAGGAGUUGGACUAAUGUACGCAUUACUGUAUAGUGGAUGCUGAAAUUUUGUUAUAUUAAUGCAAUUUGACUAAUGUAGUACUAAAUUCAUAUAUGUUUGGUAUUUUUUAACUAUCCUUAAAUUUUGUGCUUCGCUUCA